AUGCCUGUUGUGUGCUCAUUUACAGCGGCAGUGCUGCUGAGCAGUGCGCCAGUUGUAGUAGACGCGCUCUCCGUAGAGGGCCUCGGCCACGAGGAAGGAGACAGCUACACUGCAUCUGGUCGCCAGCAGGACUAUCCAAGGUCUGUCACGACGGACUCGAAAAGCACAGAGCUGUCGUCUAGUAACUCGAUUGUAGGUAGCAAGGACGCUCCUCGGCCUGACCAUUCGCGAUGGCGGGAUCUGUGCGGUAGCCGUGCAUACAGUCGUUGUGUCCUCACGUACGUCACGGUCACCGUUUGCGUCGCGUAUCUUUUCCUGACAGUUGUCCUGUGGUGUCUCGCGCGGUGGUGGCGCUGCGGGGUGCACCAGCUCCACAGGCGGCACUCCGUCGAUGAUUCGUCCGGCGAGGAAAACGACGGUGUAAUGCGGUAUAGAGACGCAGAGGUGGCUCGCCAUGGGCUUCUCUCAGGCCGCUGGCAUGACCCGCAGGACGUUCCGGACAGUGAGAGUGCAAGAUACCGUGCAGCCGAAAGCAGUUGUGGCUCUCUUGGCACUCUCUUUCAGAUCCACAACUGGAUUCUGCAGGGACCGCGCUUGUGGGGAGUGCUGCAACAUACACCAAUAGGGCUCUUUUGCACCCUGGCGCAGCCCACAGGCCCUACAGGUGAGCUAGGGCAGGCAGAGUCACUCGCUGUGGACCUCGGCGAGGGAGCGAUUGAUGAGAGACGUGAUUCCUGGAAUUUCUCACGAGACGCUGACUGCACAGUCUCGACCUCUUCACGUGCUUCUGCCUCGAGUUUGCACAUGCAUGAAGGUGUGUUUCGCGCCACCACAGCGAGCGACUCUUCAGACAGAGACAAGAAUCCCAGCAUUCACAGAGAUGCCAACAGCGCUGAAGACAGCACGUGUGAUCGAUGCUGCUCACGCGAGAGCGACUGCAGCGAUGACGCUCACACGGAGGUUAAGCCACCCGCGCUCUGUGGGGUUGCGGCAGACGAGCACUGGUCUCCCUUCCGCAGUAGGACUCAUGUACGGCCACAGGUGAUCUACUUCAACAGCGCCUUCGACACCGAAGACGAUCUACUUACCAGUGCGUACGAGAGCACGAGCAGUGGCAGUCAGUUUCUCUACGGCAGCCUGGCCGCCACGACCCCUUCCACACCGUCCGCUAUGGGUGACGUGCUCUCGUCGCACACGCCUCCUCCACCGACGGACACGACCGAGUUAUUGCUGCGCGACUCGGGGUCGAGCGCCUGCGCACUUGACGCGGACGCCCUCCACAACACUCGGUGUGCGCAUGUCGCCCUUCCGUACCUGGGGACCGCCCUCCUCGACGUUGGAGCGACACGCCACACCGACCUGAGCAUCAAUGAAGAUUCGUUUGAGAGGGGCUACUGCCCACCUACCUUGCCCUCCAGCGCAGCCCUCUGCAGCACAGUGGGGCCACGCAGUAGCGAGGUGGAGUCUGUAGCGCCACCGUCUGAAAACACAGCCACGGCUGCGCCAUUCCCUGUGCUACAAGAAGCCUCGUAUCCACCGGUGCCCAAUCAGACAAAGGCGGCGCUGCCAGACGCAUACGUGCCGAAUGACAAGCUCGACACGAUGGGCGGGGACAUGGUAGAAGAAGUGGUGGACAGUGCCGCAUCUAGCCGGAGCUAUAUCCCUACUGCCCAGCUGCGCCGUUUGCCGGCCGCUGAGCCACCGAAGGUACGAGGAAAGCGCUCGUCGGCGAGAUACCGUGAGCCAUGGCAGCCGCUCCUUGUCCCUUGCAAGAGACCUUCUCUCGCUGAGGUUGCUGGCAUGACGACUCUUUCAACGCUUUCUGCACCGAGCUCGACGGUGUGCAAUCGCGUUCAACGGGCUCCCGACCCGAGCUCGCUCGGGGACGAUCUCGACAACUUGAUGCUCGCCGCCGACGUUGACGGUGCUCAAAGUAACACGACCGGCGACGGCACUCACGUCUGCAGGUGCAUCAGGACAUCCCUAUCUCGUACCCUGACGCUAGCUCCGGGGAGAGAGCAAGGGAUAGCAGGCACAUCAGUUGUGCCAACUGUAGUACCCUGUAGCGAUGCGAGCGUCUGCUCGAACCUCGAGCCCACGGCGCCACUUGUGGCUGCUAGCAGCCCUUUCCGACCACAAUCGGCGCCGAUUUCCGUGUACUCUCCUACGCCCGGUGCUGCUCACACUUUUAUGGACAAGAGCGACGCAGAUUCUUCUGAGCAGUGUAGGUGGUUGCCACAUGGCGUUGGCCAGCGGCCAUCACUGAACCUGUCCGUCGAGGAGCGGACGCUUCUGCUGAGGAGCAGGAAGUGGCUGUUUCCUCUCAUUGACGGUACGGACGAAAUCGAGUAG